AAAAAAAAAAUGAUAUAAGAAGUGUCGAACAAAAUGAACUAUUCGAAUAAUUGAACCAAUACACUUGAUGCACUUCACAAUCUAGACUAGUUCCAUACAAUCCAAAUUAUGAACCAGAGAAAAUUCAUCUCCUUUAAAUUUUGAGAGCUGAGAUCCACACUUUAUACGUCUUUUUCUCUCGCCCCAAACUUAUCCCAAAUCUUUCCAUGAGCCGUCUUGCUAGUCCCGAUUAAUCCACCAACUCGAUCAAUGCUCGUACACCUGUCACUCUAUAUCCAAAUUUAAAAUGUUAGAAACGCUAAAUAUUUUACUUAAUUUUUUACAAAAUAUUCACAUUAGAUGGGUUUCACAUGAGGGUGGAUCUCACCCCUUCUUGUGGUUAAAUCUUUGGUAAACUUUUUGUAUGCCUAACAUUGCUCACGGUGCUAAAAUCUUGGAAUCUCAGUAGUAUCAUUUUUUUUUAUUCUGCAGGCUUACAUCUUUAAAAGGAAUGAUUUGUCUCAUGUUGAAAUUUCAACUGGAUCACAUAGUUAAGAUUUUUUACCAACCAAAGUUGAUCAACGGAGUUCUCUUACUAGUCAGAAUUAAUGAAAGGAUUCAACUAGAGCAUGAGUUAGAAUACUGGGCCAAGGAAUUUCACAAUUUCAUUAAAAAAUCAUGUCAUUUGGUCCAUGGUGGGGAAAAUUGCAAUUCUAUGAUCUCUUGCAAGCUUAUCUCAAUUCAUGAUUUGGUGAAUGUAUUCUACAAUUUCUUUAAAUAAAGAUACAGAUUGAGAGAGCUUUAUCCUCUGAAAUUCAAACCUCAAACUAGUUUCUUCUUCAAUAUUUGUUUUUUUUUAAAAAAAAAGGCCAAAAAAAAGAAAGAAAGACAAAAGUGGAUUGAAAAUGAGUGCCCUGCAAGGUAUAUUUUCAAUUGUAGGGGGAAUUGCAGGGAGAAUAGUUGAGCCAGUGAUCCAAUUAGUGGUGCCCCACGUUGGUUUUGUUUUUCAGUACAAGAAGAAGCAGAAGAAACUGGAAGUUGAAAUUAAAAACCUUGAAGAGCAGAGAAAACAAAUUGAAGAAAAAGUUGAUGAAGCUAUUACUCGUGGUGAAGAACUUGAUGAACCUGUUUCAAACUGGCUAAUGGAGGUGGAAGAAAGAGUUCAGAAAAUUAAGGAUGACAAUACAAUUAACGAAAACAUGCAGUGCUUUAAAUUCUCAUGUCCAGAUUACAUCGCGCGCUACCGAAUUAGCAAGGAAGCUGAAAACAAGAUGGAAGAAGUAAAAAAUCUCACUCAGAGUGGCAAUUUUAGCACAGUUGCACAUCCUAAGCCAUUUGCUCAAGAACUUCAAUUCACAUCAUCAAGUACAUAUGCGAAUUUUGAGUCGCGAGAAUUGAUUUUCAAUAACAUCAUGGUGGCAUUACAAGAUUCCGAUGUUAAAAUGAUUGGAGUAUAUGGAACAGGAGGGGUUGGUAAGACAGCAAUGGUUGAAGAGAUUGGCAAACAAGUGAAAAAUGGACUUUUUAAUGAAGUCGUGGUGGCAGUUGUCUCCCAGGAUGCAAAUGUGAGCAAUAUUGAAGGGCAACUCACUGAUCGCUUGAGUCUGAAACUAAACGGGGAAACUGAAGUGGGAAAAGCAAAUGAACUAUGGAAUAGAUUGAACAAUGGGAAGAAAAAUCUCAUUAUAUUGGAUGAUAUUUGGCAAGAAUUGAACUUGAAGACAAUAGGGAUUCCUAUCACUAAUGGAAACAAUUGUUGCAAAGUUGUGAUAACAUCUAGAAUCCGAGGUGUGUUGGAAAAGAUGCAUGUUGAUAGAUACGUUCCAAUGCAAGUAUUAUUAGAGAAAGAAGCAUGGGCCCUAUUCAAGACGAAGGUGGGAAAUUCUGUUGACUUUCCCGAACUCCAUGAUAUAGCUGAUGCAGUCUGUAAAGAGUGUGGAGGCUUGCCGGUCGCUAUACUUGCACUUGGAGCUGCAUUGAAAGAUAAGAAAAAAUAUGUCUGGGAAGAUGUACUCGAUCAAUUCAAAGAUUCCAUGCUAAAGAAUAUUGCGGGAAUCGACCCAAAGGUGUAUGCUUCCUUAAAGUUAAGCUAUGAUCGGUUAGAAUCUAGUGAUGCAAAUUCAUGCUUCUUGCUAUGUUGUUUUUUUCCUGAAGAUGCUAAUAUUUCAAUUGAAGUGUUGGCGAGACACUGCAUAGCGAGAAGUUUGCUUGGACAAAACACAAAUACACUAAAAAGAGCAAGCCGUCGAGUACUUACAGUGGUCGAUAUCCUCAAAGAUGCUUGUUUGUUAUUAGAAGGUAAAGUUGAAAACUUUGUCAAAAUGCAUGAUGUCAUUCGAGAUGUUGCUCUUUCAAUUGCAAAAGAUGAUGGCAAGGAAAUUCUAGUAAAAGAUGGUGUCAAAGAGUGGCCCGAGAAAGAUACAUGUGAAUCUUACUCAGCAAUCUCAUUAAGGUUCGACAACACUCUUGAGCUUCCGGAUGAUUUGCUAUGUCCACAACUCCACACCUUGACCAUACUAUUGAAAUGGACUAUCAAUGCUUUGCUUAAUGUUCCAGAUAGGCUUUUCAGUGGAAUGGAGAAACUUACAAUUUUAGAAUUGGAUAGAAUCUGUAUGUUGCCUCCAUUAUCUCUUGCAAAUUUGGUUAACCUUCGGAUGUUAUUGUUAUCUUGUUGUGAAUUGGGAGACAUAGCUAUACUCAAGGAUCUAAAUAAUAACCUUGAAAUACUUAGCCUUCGAGGUUCUAAUAUCAAGGUUUUGCCAUUAGAAAUAGGACAAUUGACUCGUCUUCGAUUGUUAGAUCUGAAAAAUUGUUACCAGCUCACAGAGAUUCCACAAGGUGUCAUAUCCAAUUUGUCUCACCUAGAAGAAUUGUACAUUUUAGAUGACUUGCGGCUACGGGAGCCCAUAAGAAGCAAAGUGAAUCUUGAUGAGUUGGGGAAAUUGACGCAAUUAACCACUAUACAGAUUCACAUACCAAAUGUCAUGCUAUUGCCCAAGGACUUCUGCUUUGAAAACUUGAUCAGAUUUAAAAUAUCAAUGGGUAUUGGUACGAAUUAUGGUUCUUAUGGAGCUUCUUCAAAGUGGUGUGAACUUGUGGGUGUUUCCUUAAUGGACAAGUUUAUCGUUUUGUUGCGGAGAGCUGAAGAGCUACAUUUGGAAAAAAUUGAAGGUUUACAAGAGGUGCUGCAUGACAGAGGUGAAGAGGGGUCUCUGAUGGAACGUCAUGGACUAAAUCCAUCAGGCUUCUUCGAUAAUUUAAUUAAAUUAACAAUUAAAGAUUGUAGGUUGGAAUAUCUCUUCUCCCUGUCCUGUGCAAGAGGAUUUCCACGACUCCAGACUACAUUUGGAUUAUCAGUUCGAGAUUGUAGGUUGAAAUAUCUCUUCUCCCUGUCCUGUGCAAGAGGAUUUCCACGACUCCAGAGGCUACGAAUACUUGAUUGUGAGAUGAUGGAAGCAAUAGUUGGAAUUGAAGAAGAAAAAGAUGAAGAUGAACUCUCAAGUCAGGUAAUUAAUUUCAGUCAGUUGAAAUAUUUGCGUCUCGAGAAUCUACCCAAGCUCAUAAGCUUCUACCCCAAAGUGGAGAAGAUGUCAACAUAUGAAGGAAAUUCUUCUACCCAAGCACAAUUUUUGUUUAAUGAAAAGGUUACAUUCCCUGCCUUGGAGAGAUUGGAUAUUGAUGGACUAAAAAUGAUAACAGAGAUAUGGGAUAGGAAAUUACUUCCAUCAGAGUCUUUUCGACAAUUGAGAGACUUGACCAUCAGGAGCUGUGAGAAACUGGUGUAUGUCGGUUUGUCCAAUAUGCCCCGACAAUUACCGAAACUAAAAGAACUUGAGGUUAGAUAUUGUCGAGAGCUGAAAGUAAUAGUAUUGAAGAAUGGAGGGGAAGAAGAAGAAAAAGCAGAAAACAACAAUAAUACCAACUCGUUCCUUCAACUAACGAGUUUGAUACUUCAUGGUUUGCGGAGCCUUAAAAGCUUUUUCACCUCUAGAUCUGAAACACAAUCCCUGUUCACUAGCCAGGUUACAUUCCCUGCCUUGGAGAGAUUGGAUAUUGAUGGACUAACAAUGAUAACAGAGAUAUGGGAUAGGAAAUUACUUCCAUCAGAGUCUUUUCGACAAUUGAGAGACUUGACCAUCAGGAGCUGUGAGAAACUGGUGUAUGUCGGUUUGUCCAAUAUGCCCCGACAAUUACCGAAACUAAAAAAUCUUGAGGUUAGAUAUUGUCGGGAGCUGAAAGUAAUAGUAUUGAAGAAUGGGGGGGAAGAAGAAGAAAAAGCAAAAAACAACAAUAAUACCAACUCGUUCCUUCAACUAACGAGUUUGAUGCUUCAUGGUUUGCAGAGCCUCAAGAGCUUUUUCACCUCUAGAUCUGAAACACAAUCCCUCUUCACUAGCCAGGUUACAUUCCCUGCCUUGGAGAGAUUGGAUAUUGAUGGACUAACAAUGAUAACAGAGAUAUGGGAUAGGAAAUUACUUCCAUCAGAGUCUUUUCGACAAUUGAGAGACUUGACCAUCAGGAGCUGUGAGAAACUGGUGUAUGUCGGUUUGUCCAAUAUGCCCCGACAAUUACCGAAACUAAAAGAACUUGAGGUUAGCUAUUGUCGGGAGCUGAAAGUAAUAGUAUUGAAGAAUGGGGGGGAAGAAGAAGAAAAAGCAGAAAACAACAAUAAUACCAACUCGUUCCUUCAACUAACGAGUUUGAUACUUGAUGGUUUGUGGAGCCUCAAGAGCUUUUUCACCUUUAGAUCUGAAACACAAUCCCUCUUCACUAGCCAGGUUGCUUUCCCAGUCUUGGAGUAUUUGAAAAUUCAGAAAUUGCCUACCAUAAUAGAGAUAUGGGACAAGCAAUUACUCAUAGCUUCAGAAAAAGAAUCAAAGUCCUUCUGCCAAUUAAAAGAUAUGACAGUUUCUGAUUGUGAGAAAUUGGUGCAUGUGGUUCAGUUCAAUAUGCUCCCACAACUGCAAAAUCUGAACAUAUUCGGGGUAGAUAAUUGUCCAAAGGUGGAAUCGAUAGUCUCAGAGAAAGAAAAAGAAGAAGAAGAAGGAAUCGCCAAUAAUGAUAUUAUCGGGUUAUCUCAAUUAACGAAACUUACUCUUCGAAAUUUGAUAAGCCUUAAAAGUUUUUACAACUGGUCUACAAGAUUUGAAGCACAACCCUUGUUCAACUACCAGGUUUCUUUUCCAAGGUUGGAGACACUAAUUCUCAAUAAUUGUGUAAACUCAAGAGAGAUACAUCCUUGGAAUGUUCAGGCUAGCAAAAUAUGUUUAAAUUUCUUGGAUGUAGCGAAUCUGAACAAAUUAAUUGUGAGAAAUUGUAGUGAGGUGGCAGAGGUUUUUCAACUUGAGGGGCUAAAUGUUGGAGAAGGACAACAUGUUAGGCCAUUAAUUGAAGUAAAAAUGAUGGAAUUGGAUGGAUUACCUCAAUUGACAUGUUUGUGGAACAAGGAUCCCCAUGGAAUUCUGGGCCUUCAAAUCCUACAAUACCUAACAAUUAAGAAAUGUUCCCUCUUGAGAAAUCUAUUCACAUGUUCCACAGCCAUGGCUCUUCAACAACUUAAAGUACUUUAUUUGGAGUCUUGUCCGGUGAUGGAAGAAGUUAUUGCAGCAACAGAGGAUGGGCUCAAGGAAGUGAUUGAUGAUGUGAUUGAAUUCCCAAAGUUGGAGUGGCUAAUACUGAAAGAUCUACCAAACCUCAACAGUUUCUGUAAUGCGAAAUAUAAUUUUAAUUUGCCAUCAUUACAGAGUAGAGAAGCUGAGAUACUGAGAAAAGAACCUAAUUAUUUUGGGUCUAAGCCAGAUCCAGGUUCCAGUUAA